AUGUCACCAACACUCCUCUGGAAGCUCGACACCAGGAUCCUCCCACUCUUCAUCCUCCUCGUCCUAUGCUCGUUCCUAGAUCGCACCAACGUCGGCAACGCAAAGCUGUACCACCUAGAAGCCGACCUCCGCAUGACCAAUGCGCAGUAUAAUCAGGCGCUGACGGCCUUCUAUCCGCUCUAUAUCGCUGGGGAGAUACCGAGUAAUUUGGUCUUGAAGAAGGUCACCCCAAGAAUAUGGAUUGGAUGUAUGGCGUCGCUGUGGGGUUUGAUAUGCAUGUGCAUUGGGUUUGUGCAUACUUUUGCUCAGUUCGUCAGUCUGCGUGCGGUGCUUGGGCUAGCGGAGGGUGGGUUAUUUCCUGGUAUGGUCCUAUACCUGUCUACCGUCUACACCCGGUCCGAACUUGCGCUGCGAAUCGGGGUGUUGUAUACAGCGACUUCCCUCUCCAGCGCCUUUGGAGGGCUUCUGGCUCGUGCAGUGGCUGAGAUUGGAGAUCGUGGCGGGCUGUCUCCGUGGCGGUGGAUCUUUGUCAUUGAAGGUCUCUUCACUAUGUGUGUUGGCGCCGCUGUCUUCCUCAUUCUCCCCAACAGCAUCGCCGCAGCAAGGUUCUUGCAGGAAGACGAGCGCGCUGUUGCUCUCCAACGACUGGAAGGUGUGGAGCACGGCACUGGGAAUAAAGAGAUAGAGGAGAAAUUCGCAUGGUCCGAAGUCCGCAGAGCGAUAUUCAGUCCUCAAACCUGGCUCUCAGCGAGCGCCUACUUUGGUCUCCUGACAGGAAUUUAUUCCUUUGGCCUGUUCCUUCCGACAAUUCUCGCUGGUAUCGGGUACACCGCCAACUCCGCACAGCUAUGGUCCGCAAUCCCAUACAGCAUCGCAGCGUGCACAACUCUCGCCGUCGCGUUCCUCUCUGACCGCCUCCAGCUCCGCGGCACCAUGAUGCUCUGCACCAUGCCUGUCGCUAUUGUCGGGUACGCCGUCAUCGCUAACAUCGGCGCCAGUCAUCCUCGCGUCAAGUACGGCAUGACGUUCCUCAUGGCUACAGGGCUAUACAGCAGCGUUCCUCCCGUGCUGACCUGGCUCGCAAACAACUCUGCAGGGCACUACAAGAGAGCGACGGCUGCUGCGCUACAGCUGGGGAUUGCUAACUGUGGGGGCAUUCUGGCCAGCUUUAUCUAUCCGAACAGUGAGGGGCCACGGUAUCACAGGGGCCAUACGGUGGUUCUGGGGUUGUUAGUCGCGGGAUGGUUUGCGAUUCUGGCGAAUGUGGUUUAUUGCGCGAAGGUGAAUAGGGACAAGGCGAGAGGGAGGUAUGAUCGGUAUGGGGGAUAUGGUGAUGAUAGGGAACCUGCUUUCAAGAUGGUACUGUAG